AUGUAAGAACCUAUAAAAUUUACUCUCUUUGUUCCUUAAGCCAAAGAAAUACAACUUCUGAAAUAAAUUUUUUCUUGUUUGGAUAAGGAGCUAAGGCAUUUCAAAUUCUUUGUGAAAUUGCUUUGAUAAUUACUUUACCUUGACAUCUGUAACUGAAAGAAUGAAAAUUGCAAAGAACUUUACUAAAGAAGGAACUUGAGGUUUUUUAUUUAAAAGAAGUCUCUUAAUAUGAACUUCAAGUUUUAGCCAUUAAAAUUUGCUUUCUUGAUUCUUUUAUUAAAGGAUCAUGUAGAGUUAUACUUUCAUUCUUUUUCCUUACAUGUUUUAUCUUAAAUGGAAUCGGUGAUUUAAAUCAUUAGAACUAGAAGGAUAAAUUUAUAUAUUUUCAAUGUUUUUAGGAUACAUGCAAGGCUAAAUAGAUUUCAUUUAUGA